CCUGGCCAGGCAGCAGAGCCUGGAGCUUGAUCUCUCUCCCCCACCAGGCCAGGGCAGCUGAUGAUUGUGGCUGAAAUAUCUCAAGGUAGCUGGGCCUGCCCCCUCUUCCCUACCUACCUGUUGUCCUUACCCCCAAACUACCACCACCCUGGCUCCACUCCCUCAUGACCGCCUGGAUCCUCCUUCCUGUCAGCCUGUCAGCAUUCUCCAUCACGGGCAUAUGGACAGUGUAUGCCAUGGCCGUGAUGAACCGCCACGUGUGUCCAGUGGAGAAUUGGUCCUACAAUGAGUCCUGCUCUCCUGACCCUGCUGAACAAGGGGGCCCCAAGACCUGCUGUACCCUUGAUGAUGUUCCCCUCAUCAGCAAGUGUGGAACAUAUCCCCCAGAGAGCUGCCUCUUCAGCCUCAUUGGCAACAUGGGUGCUUUUAUGGUGGCCCUGAUCUGCCUUCUUCGGUAUGGGCAACUCCUGGAGCAGAGCCGGCACUCCUGGAUCAACACCACAGCACUCAUCACAGGCUGCACCAAUGCUGCUGGCCUUGUGGUGGUUGGCAACUUUCAGGUGGACCAUGCCAAGUCUCUACACUACAUCGGAGCUGGUGUGGCCUUCCCCGCUGGGCUGCUCUUUGUGUGCCUGCAAUGUGUUCUCUUCUACCACGGGGCCACCACAACCCUGGACCUGGCUAUGGCCUACCUUCGGAGUGUGCUGGCUGUCAUCGCCUUCAUCACCCUGGUCCUUAGUGGAGUCUUCUUCCUCCAUGAGAGCUCUCAGCUACAGCAUGGGGCUGCCCUGUGUGAAUGGGUGUUUGUCCUCGAUAUCCUCAUUUUCUACGGCACCUUCAGCUAUGAGUUUGGGGCAGUCUCCUCAGACACACUGGUGGCUGCACUGCAGCCUGCCCCUGGCAGGGCCUGUAAGUCCUCUGGGAGCAGCAGCACCUCUACCCACCUCAACUGUGCUCCUGAGAGUAUUGCCAUGAUCUGAGUCUGGAGGGUGGCUGGCCCAGCCUCCGAAGCACCCACACCUUUUACCUUCUUUGCAUUUAUUUUGUACCAAAAACAGUUUUUAGAGAGUAUUGUUGGGAUCUAGGCUUCCUAACUCCUGGAGAAGUGGCCAUCCAACAUCCACCUGUGCCAUAGAGGACGGUCUUGCCAGCUGCCUCUGCUACAUGUCCUGUUCCCCCAGACCAGAGUAGUAUUUUGUGUUAAAGGUCACCGGUCCUCACUUGCCCUGCCAGCCCUUCAGGUGCCUUCUACUCCCAGUGCCAGAGCCAGACCACUGGGGUUUCCUGCUGCAGGAAUUGGGGGCUGGGGCAGCAGGGACCCUUAAGUCUGGAUGAUGGGAGGAGCAUGCCUUAGCCUAAGGGAAAGCCCACCCAGCUGCAUUUGGGUUCUUCACUCUGCCCCUCACUUCCUUUAGGGCAAAUAACACAGCAGAACCACAUGAGUAUUUUAGUACUUUUUUAUAUCUAUUAAAAGAAUUCUAAUUUG